AACAAAUUCUUUUUUUUGUAUUUUUUGACAGAAUCAACCCAUUGUCCUUAGUAGAAAUCAUCCUUCAUGUUGCAAGACAAAUGCCAGAGCCAAUUACAACCAUCACCUUUCUUGAGAAAACGAAGGAGAAGGUCAAAAUCAGUGAAGAGGCCGUCAUCCUCUGCAAAACAACAAUUGGCAGCCUCAAGCUCGACAUCAAUGACCUCCCAGCGACAAAGAAAUUAAUAGAGGAAGUGGAAGAGAUACUGAACAAUCUCCCGGGUGUGACAUCGGUGCACGGGCGAUUUUACGAUCUGUCGAGCAAAUAUUACCGCAUCGUUGGGAACCACGCUUUCUACUACAAGGAUGCCCUGCGGUACUUGGGAUGUGUGGAAGCAAAAGACUUGCCUGAAGCAGAGCAGCAAGAAAGAGCUUUCACAUUAGGCCUGGCCGGCCUGCUCGGAGAGGGAGUGUACAACUUUGGAGAACUGCUGAUGCACCCGGUCCUUGAGUCACUGAGGAACACAGAUAAACAGUGGCUCAUAGAUACACUCUAUGCAUUUAAUGCAGGCAACGUGGAGAAAUUCCAAGCCCUGAAGACCGCAUGGGGUCAACAG